UGCUCGGGGGGCACCCCACCCAGGCCCAACGGCCGCCCCGCUGACGCGCAGAUGAGAGGUCCCCGCCCCCGGUCGGUCUGACCGCUCUGGACGUCCAGGUCUGUGCGGUCCACACCCGAGCAGCGGCGCGGCGGCGCGGCCAGGCCACCAGCCGGGUCCCCAGUCCACGCUCUGCCUCCGCGUGAGCCGGUCCAGGAAAACGAAACGAGAAGCAGCUCCAGCGACAACCACAGCAAGAUGGAUCGCUUCGCGGAUCGCGUCGCCAUCGUCACGGGGGUCAGCUCCGGCAUCGGCGAGCAGAUCACCGAGCAGCUCGUAAAGGCCGGCGUCGUGGUGGUUGGCGUCGCCCGGCGGCAGCAGCGACUCACAGAACUGGCCGCCCGGCUGGCUAGCGAGAAGGGCAAGUUGCACCCGAUCGCCGCCGACUUCUCGCGCGAGGACGAGAUCCGCCGGGUGUACCAGUGGGUGGACGACAACCUGGGAGGCGUGUCUGUCAUCGUCAACAACGCCGCCGUGCUCACCCUCGUGGCCUUGCAAAACCUAGACGUCUCCACGGUACAGCAAGUCGUCAACCUCAACCUAACAUCCGUAAUGUUGAGCUGUAGGGAGGCUAUGCUGAGCAUGAAGAAACACGCCAUCAAGGACGGGCACAUCAUCAACAUCAACAGUGUUGCCGGACAUAUCGUCUUAAACAUGUCCCCGCAGUACUCCACCACUGUGUACGCCGCCACCAAGCACGCCAUUACCGCUUUCUGCAAAGGCCUGCGCUACGACGUUCAAGCCAUGGAGGGCUUUAAAAUCCGAGUCACGAGCAUUAGCCCCGGAGCCGUGGCCACCGAGAUGCUGCCCGGGGAGUAUGUCAACAGCUUGGAAGACGUCGAGGACGUCCUGAAGGCCAAGGACGUUGCCGACGCUGUUUGCUACGUGCUAUCUUGCCCGCGCUCAGUCGAGAUCUCUGAGUUGACGAUACGCCCGACUGGAGAAAAAGCAUCGUAACAAAAUAAGUCCGGGGGCGUUUUUAGUCUUAAGUUGCAUGAUGAUGAGAGAUUAUGAUUGUGAAUUUACGAUUGUGAAGCACAGCCUUAAACUUAGCCACUAACAUAGGCACACAAAUAAAUGUAAGUAAAUGUUA